CCAAAAAAUGCUGAUGGUCUUUUGCAUGCUGUUUGUGCUCAGGAUUGGACGAUGCACAGAUGAUCAGAAUUUCACGACAGUGACUGCUCAUGUUGGGGAAAAUGUGACUCUAACGUGUAUGCGACACGACUCUUCAGACACAAAAUACUUAUUUUGGAUACGACUUGUUGCUGGAAAUUUUCCUGAAGUCUUAGGAAGAACAUUUAGCUUUCCAUAUAUAAGCCAUGAUGGAGUGGCUCGCAUUACAGCAAAACAAGAGCCCGGAAAAUUUGUUCUACAUAUUACAAAAACACAACUAAGUGAUACUGCAAUUUACUACUGUAUAAAAGUAGAACAAUUAAGAAUGACAUUUUUGAAUGGAACAUUUCUGAGAAUCAAAGACUCAGAACCAAACAUCACUGUUGUCACUCAAGUCUUUCCGUCUGAGCCAGUCUAUCUAGGAGACCCUGUGACUCUCCAGUGUUCACUCCUCUCUGACUCGGAGAGCAAAGCCUGUCCAGCAGAACACAGUGUGUUCUGGUUCAGAGCCGGAUCAGAUGAGUCUCAUCCCAGGAUCAUUUACACUCAUGGAAACAGGGGUGAUGGAUGUGAGAAGAGUCCUGAGGCUGGCUCUCCUCCACAGAGCUGUAUCUACAACCUCUCCAAGAACAGCGUCAGCUUCUCUGAUGCUGGGACUUACUACUGUGCUGUGGCCACAUGUGGGGAGAUCCUGUUUGGAAAUGCAACUAAACUGGACAUCGAAGCCACCAGUAGGCCUGUGUCAUCUGAGGAUGAAGAAAAAACUCGGCAUAUACUUCUUUUAGUGCUGUCCGCUGCAUUGGUCAUAUGUCUGAUUGUGAUCGCCUUCCUCAUCUACACCAUCAAGAGACAAACACACAACUGGUGUAACGGUUCCAUUCCCCUGCAAACAAAUUCUGCAACAGCCAGUGGUGAUCAGGAAAGCCAGCAGAGAGACGAGGACUCAUUGGUUUAUUCUGCGCCAUCUUUUACCAAGAGAGAAGCUGGAAAUAGUCAAAUGAGGGAUGUAAAAACAGCAGAGGGGGAGACCAUCUACGCUGAUGUCAGGGCUUUCGGAUGGGAUUAGCAACCCAAAUACACUGGAUUGAUUAAAUUAAUAUUUUUACGAUCCGAUGGGGGAUGUGACAUGUCAGCUGAACUUUUUUUGUUUAUUUCACUGCUCACUGCAACAGUUCAUGUUACAUCAUAUUUUUGGGGGGUUCAUAUCUAAACAUUUCACGUAGCUUGUUCAGUUUGCUUGUGAUAUGUACACACUAAUUUGUAUGUUUUAUGUAUUUUUGUUACAUGUACAUGUUUUGUGAUUAUAUUUAUGGCCUUAUUUUGUACCCAGAAUAUUUUUAAGUCCAAUGAUCUUGAAAAAGUUCAGUGGUCACUGCAGCUCUAAAAAACUCAGAGAAACAGCUGCAUAUUUGAAAAC